AAUUCUUCUAACGCUGCACUCAAGAUGGAUGUGGGUUUUCUUUCCCCCCUGAGGGUUUCUGGCUUCUCUGCAUUCCCUUUGUAAUAGGCUGCCAAUGGUGUCACUUCACCUCUUCUGCUGAGGGGGCCUGUACAAGCCUGUCCAAGGUGCUUGUGCUCCCUGAUCACUGGGUGGGCUCUGGAAACCCUAAGUGUGGAGUGAAGAUUUGGGGUUCUAUCUGUUGGGUCGGCAGGACUCAAGCAGGACUCAUGAGACUCUUCUCUUGAAGAUGAACUCUCUUUGCUGCAUGGCACUGAAUUUUCAAAAUGCUGGUCAGGGUAUAACUUUGAAUGUGACUAAAGAGCUAUGAAUGGUAGAGUUGCUGUGCAUGAUUAUUUUCUUAAUGCUCACAGGCUUAUAUCUAUGGGCAUUACAGAUACUGCAACUCCAGCAAUGUGAAAGACCCGUUAUCCCUGAUAGGAUGUAGCAGUUGGGCUUUGUCAAGUGUUCCAACUGUACAACACGAUGGACUGCUAGCACCGACUCUGUGUGUCCUGCAUUUGGGUUGUGAUUUUAUUUUUUUUCCUUGGCAAAUGGGCUGUUUUUCUUUUGUCUGCAAAGACAGUAGACAAAGUUGUAUACGUUUUCACUGGGAUAUCAUUAUAAUCCCCUAGAAUUCACCUUUCUGGUGCUUGUGCCAUUAAGGUCACUGUCUGGUUGUGAUGAUGAAGGAUUUGAGUUUGUUUACUUUAUGUGAACACCUGCAAAUUAGAAACUGGAUCAAAGACUUGUAUUUUUUGCAGGUCUUUGGCCUUCAAGCUGUUUGGUAGAUUAUUUUACCUGUUGCAGCAAGUGGCUGGGUGACUGGUACAUUUCAAAAGCUGCCAUACAGGAUGUGAAUGUUAUUUUCCUUCCCACGGCCAAAGCUCAUUAGACCUUCCUGGCAGCAGUGGUGCCCACAGCCGGCGGGCAGCUGUGGGUAUUUGGCGGAGAGUUUGCGUCUCCCAACGGGGAGCAGUUCUAUCAUUACAAGGAUCUCUGGGUCCUGCAUUUGGCUACCAAGACCUGGGAGCAGAUCAAGGCAUCAGGAGGUCCCUCUGGACGAAGUGGACAUCGAAUGGUUGCUUGCAAAAGACAGCUGAUCGUCUUUGGAGGUUUCCAUGAGAGUGCAAGAGAUUAUAUCUAUUACAACGAUGUGUAUGCCUUCAACCUGGACUGCUUCACCUGGAGCAAGCUGGUUCCAUCAGGGAUUGGGCCUGCUCCAAGAUCCGGGUGUCAGAUGGCUACCACUCCUGAGGGCAGCAUAAUCAUCUAUGGAGGCUACUCCAAACAGCGAAUUAAGAAAGAUGUUGACAAAGGCACCCUGCAUACAGAUAUGUUCCUGCUGAAGACCGAAGGUGCACGCAAGGAGGAAGACAAAUGGGCAUGGAGUCGGCUCAACCCGUCCGGGGUGAAACCCACUCCCAGGUCUGGCUUCUCUGUGGCGAUUGGUCCCAAUAACCGCUCCCUUCUGUUUGGAGGCGUGCAUGAUGAAGAAGAGGAAGAGAGCAUUGAAGGGGACUUCUUCAACGAUAUUUAUUUCUAUGACAUGGGGAAAAACCGCUGGUUUCCUGGACAGCUAAAGGGACCAAAAUCAGAGAAGAGGAAGCGAAGACGUGGCAGGCAAGCUGAGGCAGAGGGUGCUGAAGAUGAGGACAUGGAGAAGCAACAUCCACAAGGCCCAGUGGAGAUAGUGAAAGAGGUGGUGGCAGAAGAUGGGACUGUCAUGACAAUCAAACAGGUGAUCUCUGGACCUGCAGAAGAGGAGGAGAGGUCUGAAUCGGAGGAGGAGGAAGAUGGAGCCUUGAGCCAGCAAGUGGAGCCAUGCCCACGUUCGAAUGCCAUGUUGGCAGUGAAGCAUGGGAUUCUCUAUGUGUAUGGAGGAAUGUUUGAGGUGGGCGAUCGCCAGUUCACCCUCAGUGACCUCUACAGCAUAGACCUACACAAGAUGGAAGAAUGGAAGGUGCUAGUGGAGAUGGAUCCAAAAGCACAAGAAUGGCUGGAGGAGUCAGAGUCAGAUGAAGAGGAAGAUGAUACGGAAGGUGCAGAGGGAGGGGAAGAGGAAGAGGAGAGUUCUGAAGAGGAGAGUGAAGAUGAGGGAGGAGAGGAGCAACACCCAUCUGUUCAGCCUGAUGAGAAGCAUGAAGACUAUCUGUCCAGGACAGAGCAGUAUUGGAUUAAACUAGCCCGCAGCAACAUGGGCCCGGAUGCCAAGGAGAAGAAGGUGGUAAAAGUGGCACAUGCCAUGGCAAAGACUUUCUAUGGAGAUUCGGUCUAGAUAUUGUUGAGGCUGUUCUAUGGGUGAAGAAAUGUGCUGGGAGCAGUGGUUAACCCUGUUGAACUCAGCCUGAUGUGCCAGGCAGUCAGCGUGUCUAGAAGGCGUCCUGGCGCUCCCAUCUUUUGCCUAUUCCGAGUGCCUCAGGGACGACCAGUCUCAGUGUGCCUACUUGGUUAAUGCUCUGGAUGUGCUGUUAUUUCCCUGGAGGUUGUGGGAGAAUCUUGAGGAACAGGAUUGCUGUCCAAGCACUUUGUUCUGCUGGGGAUGGUGUAUGCAAUACUGUAUGUUUUGUUCAAAAGUUGUUUUGAGUCAAGACAAACUGCACAUCACAGUGGUUCACUGGUCCCAAAUUCUCUACCCUGAUGGGGCCAGAAUGUAUCUCCAAGGGUUUCUACAAUAAACUUAUUUGGUUACAUCAUCUUGGUUUUCUCAGUUAAUCCUAGCUU